GAUGCGAGUCUAUAACCUAUAACCACAAUUCGGUAAAAUUUAAUAUGCGAGGGAGAGAAGGAAAUUUUGCUUAACGCACAUGUAUAUUUUUACGAAUAUAUUUUUCACUUUGUGUUUUUCAUAAAAAUAUAUAUUCGAUUUUUUUUAUAAAUAUCUACAAUGGAUAAUAUUGUAACUCAUAAUAUUACAACAAUGGAACCUGAACAAAUAAAAAGUUACGAACGAACGCUAUUAAAUAAUUUGUUCGCACAGGAACUCGGAAAAAAUGAAAAACAAAUAAAUGCAUUGAAUGAUUACAAGAACAAAUAUAAAAAGGUGAUAGAAGGGCUUGAAGUGCAUCCAUUAACAGUGUCGGAAAAUUGUAUGGUGCCUAUUGGCAAGCGUGCACUAAUGAAAGGAAAAUUAAUUCACACUAAUGAAAUUUUAGUUUAUUUAGGCGAUGGCUAUUUUGCAAAAUAUAGCGCAUCACAGGCAAUCUUGUUAUGCAACAGAAGGAUAGCAUGGGCAGAUAAAAUGUUGAAGAACUUAGAAGUUGAAAGAAAUUUGUAUGAGAUGAGACAAAAUCUACCAUUAAAUGAUAUUUUUGGACAAGAUGGAAGAAAAGAUAUAUUGGAACAUUGGAAUGAGGACAAACUUGAUGAAUGGAAGACGCAACAUAGGCAGCGUGAAAAGGAGUAUCGUCAGAAACUAGUAAAGUUGAGAGAAAAAGAAAAGACUAAUAUUACUACCGAGGAAGAUCUUUUUAAAAGAUUAGAUGAAUUAGAAUUGGAGGAAGAACUGGAAGACGAAAUAUGCAGACUGGAAACUGAACGAAGAGAAUUUUAUGGUGAUUUGGAUGAGGGAGAAGUCUACAAUGACUCGGAGGAGGAUACAUCUGAUUCUGACGAAAUUACGACAGAGAUGAUUGAAGAGGAAUUAAAAUUGAAAUCUAUUUCAAUGAAUAGAAGCUCAUGUAAUAUAUCAGACGGCAGUGCUGAUGCAGUUCGGGAUAAAAUUCUCGAUAUAAAUGUCACAAAAAAUGAACAAUUUGAUCUCACUGUAAAUUCUAGUCAAGAGGAAUUAAAAAACAAUCAUUUACCUGAAUCAAAAGAGAAGACAUCCGAACUCAUAAACGCAAAGAAAACAGGGAGAGUAUCAUUUAUUGAACCAUAUAGUAUGGAAAAUACAGAAAGCGAUACAGAAGGGGAAAUAUUAAUGUUUAAGCAAGAUAAAACAUGUAAUGAUGAUUCUGAAAAUGAUGAAGAUGAUAUCAUCAGGAUUGAAUUUUCACAUUCAUCUCAUAUUCCAAAUAUAUCUGCAUCAAAUAAUACAGAAAUACAAAGCCCAGUAGAUAUUUAUAAACUAUUUACUGUUCCCAAAUCCAUUUUGAAAAGAUCUCCAAAUGAUAUGAUACCUAAUCAAAUUGUUCCUUUGAACGAAGAAAGUAGUACUGAUGCAGAAGAUGAAGUCGAAUUUGUUAAACAGUCUGCGUACAAUUCUGUAAUCAAGGAAAAAGUCCAAGAAAAUAAAAUAUCGCCAAUAAAUAGUACUUUAGAAAAAAAAAGUGAAAAGAAAAUUGUAAGUAGGUUUAAACUGGAACGAACUGGAAAAAAGAAGUGAUGUGUAAAUAUAUGUUUAUUAUAAUUAAACUUUUGUUUGUACACAACA